AUGAUGAGUAAAUGGAGCAGCUUUGUUGCAAAGAAUUGUCGGUCCUCUGGGUUCUUCCCUCAGUCUCGGCGAGGUUUCGCUUCCUCAGCAUCUCCCGGAGAAGGUUCUUGGGUUCCUCCAGUUAUGGUUUUGUCGUUUUUGACUGGAUUUGCUGGCUACAUGGUAGAUGAUUUUGUGAAUUAUAAGAAAAGCCGCGAAAGACUCAGGAAGAUCGAAGAAGAGGCUGAUUACUUCCAUGAGGUUUUUGUGGAGAAACUAGAGGAGUCCAAGAAGCGAAGCAAGGAGAUAUUUGGAUACUAA